AUGACUGACAAUCUCGAUUUUGAUGAUGAGUUGGACACUGGAGAUGAAACAGAUCAGUCUGAAGCGCUGGAAACUUCAACAUCUGAAUUCUACAAAGCCUUCGAAGUAAAGAAUGUGUUGGGACAUGGAUUGGCAUCGACUGUUCGACUUUGUAUUGAAAAAGGAACUGGUUUGGAAUUUGCUGUAAAAAUUGUUGAUAUUAGUACGGAGCGGCAGUCAGAAGUGGAAGCUCGUCGAUUGUAUAAUGAAACAAUUAGCGAAGUGAAUUUACUACGACAACUUUCAGAACAUCCUUCAAUUAUUAAUAUACAUGACUUUUACGAAACACCGGCAUUCCUUUUCGCUGUUUUUGAAAUGGCUCCUAAGGGUGAACUAUUCGAUGUUCUGAAUAAGUCUGUAACGGUCAGUGAGAAAAAAGCAAGACGUCUGAUGCGACAGCUUUUUGAUGGUGUUGCUUAUAUGCAUAAUAGAAAUAUUGUACACAGAGAUAUUAAGUUGGAAAAUAUCCUUUGUAUUGAUGACGAAAGAAUUGUGAUUAGCGAUUUUGGCUUUGCUACCCAGCUACAACCAGGACAAAAGUUGAAAGAAUUAUUGGGAACUCCUGGUUAUUUAGCGCCUGAAAUGCUGAAAUGUCAGAUGUACGAAGAUGCGGAUGGAUACAGUGUUGAAGUGGAUGACUGGGCGCUUGGUGUCAUUUUAUAUACCUUUUAA